AUGGGACCAAAGAAGACUGCAACUACAGAUGAAAACUUCUGGAGGACUUGUAUAGAGAACACAUCGUUAAAUGAUGACAACUGGAAGGCGAUCGUGUUGGUGAUUGAGUCUGCCGGGAGCGACCAGGAUCGCAUCUAUUUAAAUAAAUUUGAAAAUUAUGCUGCCGAAGAAAAAAGAUUUGUUAUAAAAAAUAUUUGUAAAACUGAAACAAUAUUCAUGAUAAAUCAACUAGGAGGCGAAAAAAAAGUUAAAGACGAUAAUCUUCGUGUUUUUGAAGAAGGGCAGUCAUAUCUUAAAGACAAGAAAGAAAUUCCUCCAGAGAUUCAAGCUUUAAUAAUAAAACACUUGAUCUUAAAAAUGAAAGAAGAAUACCUUUUUAUAAAACGUCAACGACUGGAGGUUAAAGUAGGAAUGAGGAGAGAAUCCGAAACUAUGAUCGAUAGAACUGAGGUUCGUGGCACGGUCAAUGUUCCUCCACCGGAACCAGCGGAACCCCCGCCACCACCUUCAAAAGGGAAGAAAAAUCAAAAGCAGGAACCUGUCGAGCUACCACCGGAGCCCGCUGAAGGAAAGAAAUAUAACACAAUGCUAAGAGUUAGAGGAGAAGAAUGGAGGGAUAAAGUUUAUGUCGAUGACUACCCUACUGAUGGUCCUAAUUUAUAUAUCGCUGUAACUGGAUUUAUGGAACCAAGUCUAGCUGGGUGUCUCAUCAAAAUUGGAGUUCCAUUAACUGCUAUAGUUCAGGUAAGAAUUGAUCCAGCAACAAUACGGAUCCCUUCCAGUUUGUUGAGACCUACUAAAAGAGGUCAAAGUCAAACAGAAAUGCUAGCAGAGCAGUCUUUAAAAUUCUGGGAAGACUUGCAACAAUUGCGAAUUCAUAAGGACUCUGCGGAUGACUAUAAAAAAACAGCUUUUAUUGUAUUUACGCCUCCAUACUCAGAUACAGAUAAUUUAUGUGGUAAUCCUGAAGUAGUUUACGACGAACUGUGUUAUUUAAUGUAUGAUAUUCAAGAUUUAACAAGACAACAUUUACAUUAUCUUGAUAAUAUGGACAUAAUUAAGAUAGCAUCUGAAGAGACCGCAAAUAAAGAACGUUAUUUUAGCUACUACGAUCAAUUGUUGAUGGAUGUACCUUUAGAAUGUGUUACAGUUUAUUCCCUAUUAGAUACUGUCCUUCGCACUGUAUGUCAAAUGGAAAACAUGGAAGAAAAAAGUACAAUCACAUCGUUGUCUACCGCAUUGACGUUAAAUCAGAUUCGUAAAAGCGGAGAAGAUUAUAAAAUAGAAAGAGCUGAAAAUUUAGUGCAAGAUGUGUUCACUAAACUUUGUAUUACUGAAGCUGACAAAAAAAUGUAUAGAUCCACUUAUGGUGAAGAAUACGAGGAACAUAAAGACCCUGUAGUUAUUAAUUUUGGAGAUUUCGCAAAAAAUAGUACAUUCCAUUUGGGUAAUAUAAAUUUGGACAAUAUUGUUUGGCAUACGUUACUUGGGAUGCCUAUAAACAAUUUGUGGGCAAGUCAACCUAAACUCACGGAAGAGCAAGAAGCUAAAUCAAACUUUCACAUUAAUGUAUUACUAUCUUGUUUUGAGAGACCGGACGUAGAAAAUACAGAACUCAACAGACUGAUUCAUAUUUUGGCUUGUCGUAAACUAUAUAACAAUAGAAGUUCAUUGAAAAAGCAUCACUUGCCUUCUUCGACGAUAUUAGAUUUUAAAAAAGUAUAUUUAAAAAGAAGCGUGCUCGCUGAACCUCUACAGACACGUUCAUCCUUAAUGCGUACCUCGAGUACAGCAUCACCGUCUUUUCCACCCAUGACCAAAAGUGAGGACGCUUCAAAUAAUAUCAACAGUUACGAAAUCGAGGAUCGCCGCAUUAAAUUUCUUUUUGAAUGUCCCGAUUUAAGCGAAUUAGUCACAGCCAGUGAAAUUGCCGAUGGAAAAUUUAUCGAUCAUAUGAUUGAUGAUUAUGAGUUUUUUGAUGAAUUUACAGGAGUAAGUGCUUUUCAAAUAAUACUUGAUGCUUUUAACACUUUUAACUGUGUAGAUUACAAAUAUUGUGAAGUCACAGAUAGUAUUGUGUUGAUGUUCUACAAUAGUUGCGAUAACGAUGGAAUUGCACGUGAAGAGUGGCGCUGUCACUUGCCAACUCCACUUUGUCUCCAAGAUUUUUUUGAUUUUGUAUUAGAAGAACAUUACGAUUGGAUUCAAAAAGAAGAGAGGAUCUAUGAUGAGAAGAUGGCAGUAAUAGCACAGUCUGAAAACAUAGAAUUGAUUGACCCUAAAGCUGCGAAAUCAUGUAUUGAAAAUACUGAUAUUGAAAUGGAGCUACUUAUGGAAGGCUCCCUUAAAUAUCAAGCAAUAGCUGAAAUUGAAGAAUCUAGCCCGGAAUUCACCGAAUCAAAAAUAACGUCUAAAAAGACAACAGCUUCACCGUCAACUACAGAUAUGUCCAGAAGUGCUAAAAAGGCGAAACCGACAGCUUCCACGCCUCGUAAUAUAAUACCACAAACCCCAUCCGGGCCGCCCAGAAAACCAUUUUCAGGUUAUGAUUUAAGCGACAGAAGAGUCGAAGUAUUCGGAAAAGACGUGACAUACUUCUCGAAAGACGGGACUCGCGUCUCUAGUUUUUAUACUCUUAUUAUACCUAUAAACGUUGAGAGUAUUCUUCUGAGCGUAAAGCCAGGUAAAGGACAGAAUGAAUUUUGGUUUCAUCGAGCAUUAGGUGAAAAUAUAACACCAGAUAUUAUUGAUACAUGUGAAUCAUUUCGAAUAACUAGCAAAGACAGAGUUUUGAUUAAUAUUAGAAAGCAAACUUACUCUAUACCGUUACCAAUUGCAACAUCUUCAUCUGUUUUAGAAAAAGGUCGAAAAGAAAUGAAAUCUUCAGACAAACUUAUCAGUACUCUUCAAUUAUUUGAAACUCGACAUUAUCAUAAUUUUUUUAUAACUUGGCCCAAUGGUCUUAUAACAGAAAGUGUAUAUGAAGAAAAUUCUCCAAAUUUAUCCCAUAUAAAACAAUACCAUGUCACUAAAAUCUCAAAUCUACAAGAAGAUAUGCGAUGCAUAAGUCUGAAUGGAGAAGUUAUUAUUUUUAAAACAUCGGGUAUUAUUGAAGUUCUUCGUCCAGAUAGCUCCUAUAUAAAAAUAACUAAAUGUGAGAAAAAACUUAUACAACCAGAAGGCUUUGAAGAUAUUCCCAGUGAAACUAGUUCCGAUAAGAGUAAAAAAGGCAAAGGCAAGGAAAAGCUGAAACCAAAAUCUAGCAAAACUUCGUCGAAAUCUUCAAAAAAUGCGUUGCAGGACGAAGAUAAAAUAUCUGAUUUGAAACAGCCUGAAUAUCAGUUGGUAAUUGAUGAAUUUGAAUGCAUAGAGACUAAUGGCCUCAGACAAAAAUGGAUCAAAGAAAUACCCACAGAUAUAGAAAAAUUGUUAAUCCGAACAGCGACAGAAUUCAAUUUAAGAGAAGUGUUUUCAAAAAGAAUGGAUGGGACUAAUAUUUUGUUAAAUAAAGAUGGAGUACAAGUAGUAACUUUCCCUGAUAAAACCAGAAUUAUUACUACUUAUGUAAUAGAAGAUGAAGAAAUUUAUCCAGAGUGGACAGACGAAGAACGUGAAUAUUUUGAUAUGUAUGAAUCUGAUACACAGGAGACUGACACAAAGUCCAAAGUAUCUGUAUCACAAAAAAGCAGCGUCAGUGGCAUGAGUUACCAAUCAAAGAAAGUGAUAGAAGAAGAAGAAAUUAAAGAAUAUGUGCGAACGGAUGGAUACAUAUCUGUUCAAAUAACUUUCAACAUUGAACAUGCAAAUUUUGCUACGGUUGCUGUGAACAAAUUGAAUGGAAAAAUAAGUAUCGAUUCGCCAAAUGGAACAUGUGUGGUUGUAGAUGAGCAUAAUAAUUAUGACAUUAGUCUCGAUGAAUCCACCUCAGCUUCAUUUGAUGGAGAAAAUUUGAUAAUACAGCAAGAAACUUGCCCUGAUUGCCAGUCGAAUAUUACUUGUAAAGUUAAAAUAAAAUCAGAUGACGAAAGCAGCGUUACUAAAGUACAUCAACAUUGGUUGACAAUGAAGGACUCCUUUAGUAACAAAAUUGUUGUUAAUGAAGAGGGUAAUAUUAGCAGAAGUAGAAGUGAAAGUAAGGAUAGUUUGGAAGUUAUUGAAGACGAAGUAGUAAAUGGUUCAAAAAUGGCACAUAGUUUCAAUGACAAGUCAGAGGUGUCUAUGAUAGCUCAUGGGAAAUGCAACGAUAUGUAUAGUGCAAGGUCUAUCAAGUUUUUCGUUCUUCGACGGGAUUUAGGAUGCUCAGAACUGGUGCACAGACGACUAUUAGAAGAAUACAAGCAACUUUGUCGUUGGCUGCCGUGGUGCUCAGUAAAUAAUUACGACACCUUUGGUGGCAACAGAAGCAUAGUUUCAAUAUUGACUCCGAUACACCUUACCGAAACAGAGAAAUGGUUGAUGGACUCAAAGCUUGCUGACAAACCAGCAUAUCUAGCCUACAAGGAUUUGAAGAAAGACCCGGGUAAAGGCUUCUAUCAUUGGAUGCGUCCUUUUGGCAGAUUCGAACCGAAACCAAUGAAACCGGUCAAUGUGCUACCGCCAAGGCUGCCGAGAGCCUACGUGCUAAGGACUUUAGAACAGCAAUGGAAAGAACAGACAAGGAACAAGUGGAGGGGUGCCAAGGAGUUGGUCAGUGCGAUAUUGCGUUACCGAAGGAUCAUGGAGUCUGACAGCGAGACUAUUCUCAACGUGCCCAUCAUAGACCCCCGCGCUGAGGACGAACGCGACAUUGAUGAUAUCGUGCAAGCUAUAGCCCAUAGGACGUACGAGGACUUGAAACAGCGAUUGGCGGACGACGUAAAGAGCAGAAUGAAUCUCGACAUCACGACAAAGCCGUUGCCUGUCCCCGAAGAGUUGUCUGUAGAAGGGGAGGGCGACGAAGACGCGGUAGAUGAACAAAAAGCUCGGGACGAGGAAAGAGAGAGCCUAAUUAGGGAUCUGGAGGCGGCUGAUGAGAUGAGUCCAAACUUGAAGGCUUACUGGCGCCGCAGGGCUGAGGAACUCAAGGAGGAGGAGUUUUACAAGAACCUCCUCCGCGAGGGUACCGUUCCUCCUUAUUUCCGCAACGUUCUCGGUGGCGCCAUCUGGUGGGAAAUGAACAACGCCGCUGGCGAGGCGGUCACCAAGGCGGAGAGAAGAAAGAUGAAAUGCCAAUGCAAUAACAUGGAAGAAGCCUCGGCCAAGACAAAAACGGAAACUAGCGAGCCCACAUUCUUCCCUGAGUGAUUAUGUUAUUUGUAAGUAGGUAUUUGAUUUAUU